AUGUCCAAAGACAGGCGCUUCGGUACUGACAGCCAAUACAUUUUCUCCGGCGUGAACGACUUGGGAUGGGAUAGUAGCGCUGUGGAGCAAACAUUUGUUGAUAUUGUGCUGUGUCUCCUCUUCGUCCGGGUCCUGGUGGAGGCCAAUAGCUUUGUUGUGGAUACUGAAUAUGAGAAGGUGGGGCACAUUCCUGCACUACAGGUGCGGAAACCCCUUACUGAUGCCUUGUUCGAUCUGGUGUGCGAGACUAGAAAAGACCUGAACGAGGUCCCAGAGACGGAGCUGCUGGAUAACAGCAUCCAGAAAGGCCGAGCCCAGCUGUCCGUCAAAGCCCGGCGGUCCCGCCCCUCCCGGUCCCGUUACCGCGACAGCGUGAGCUCCACGGAGGGAGACGACAGUCUGGAGAGGAAGGACAGUCCCUUACACUGGGCCCGCUCUCCACUCCACCUGCGAGGCUCCUCCCCCUCCCCUGAUUCACUGCUGUCUGCCCGAAGCUCCGCCUUCUCCUUCGACACAUCCCUGGUGCGUGGCUCUCCAGAAGAUGACGCAGCGCCGUUGGCCCCGCCCCCCAGGGGUCGUUACCGUCAGCUUACCAACGCCACGUCUCAGGAGCCGCUGGUGACGCCAAACAGCUCACCUACACGGAGGAGGAACAGGAGACCGGACAGUGAAGUGUUGGUUUCUGACUCGAGUCGGGACACAAGUCCAGCUGAUCCUGGGAGUCCGAACGUCGUCUUCGACAAGAAAACCAAGAGACGCUUCCUGGACCUUGGGGUGACUCUGAGGCGGUCCUACAUCCGGGUGAGGAAAGAUAAAUCCAACAGACUCUCUGUGGGCAGCAGAGAGCCGUCGGAGAGUCCGUCUCGCUCUUCGGGAUCCUUUGUCCCGUUCUCCUGGUUCUCUGAAGGACGGGGGUCUCUGUCCUCCUCCGGGACCCCCCCCGGAUCUCCCAAAGUCGCUCCACCCAACUCCUCGGGACCCCGAAAGUCUGACUCACAGGAGUCGGCUCUAAGCGAGGAGUACUCUCCUCCUCACACCACCUCCUCUCCUCCCGCCGACUCCUCCAGAUCCUCCCAUCCUUAUCACACACUGUCACAGUCCUCAGACGAGCCUCUGGAGGAGGCGCUGUGUCUCGUGUCGUCGUGGACGACGCAGCAGGUCUGCGAUUGGCUGAAAGGACUCCACAUGGAGCAAUACGUCCCAGAAUUCAGUGCGAGGGACGUGGACGGACAGACGCUGCUGCAGAUGGAUGGAAACAAGUUGAAGGCUCUGGGCGUGCUCAGUUCGUCCGAUCGCAGCGCUCUGAAGCGACGCAUCAAAGAUUUCCUCUCUGCAGCCGAGAAGGAGAGAAAAGCUCUGGACAAGAUGGAGAGACAGAGAGACAAACAGAGACAGCGCAGGAACUGA